AUGACACCACAAUGAUACAAUUUUCGGGAAGGGCAUGCCUACGGCAGGGUUGGAAAUGUGCGGCCGGUGUUGGCCUGCGCUGUCAUGGCGCCCACUCUUCACCUCCGCUCCAUGUCCCGCCAUUCAGGAGAUACACCGCAACCUACUCCCGAGCUGAUGAAACUGGGCAUAUCGAUACGGCACCGAACGAGUCGGUAUUCUAUUUCGAUAGUGUCUUACCAGUCAAGGCCCUUUUCUCGCGCCGUUUUGCACCCUUAGAUCUGGCUCCGUCGAUGACAGGACGAAUUGGGAAUCUAAUAAUAAAACUGACUGGCGCGACUCCGCUGAAUGUCAUUGGGCGAGCGUUCCCUCUAGAAUUACAGGAGAACAUUCAGCAGGUCAUCCCGCGCUAUUCAGAGGGUGGUGCGUUCGUUAAGCUUUCGCACCCGCCCAAUAUGGACAAGGAAGGGUUGUCAAGCUUGUUGAACACACAUCUUGAACAGAAUCCGCUAAAGCUGUGGUUCUCUCCUUUUACAUCGGUUAGGGCUUCUCUGGUUCGUGGUCGACCUUGGCUGGAAGACCUUCAGAGGUCUCCCAGUUCAAGAAUUAAAGUGGAAUUUCUCCCAACGUCUCCGGGUGCUUCAUCGGUAGAAUUGACACCUGAAUUGCUUUAUUCGCUAAGUCGCCGCUAUGGAAAAUUGGCAGAUAUCAUCCCCCAGCCGUCCGACUCGAAAAUCCAGCCAAGAUAUGCCCUUCUCGAUUUUACGAGGCCUAGUUAUGCUGUCAUAGCGAAGAAUUGUCUCCAUGGAUACAAAGUCUCGGCGUCUGAAGGCGGAGGAAGUGCUGGCACGCUAUUAAAACUUUCAUACGAGCGGAAACUAAAACCGCACGUCAUCAGAGGUUGGAUUGUCAGCCACCCGAGAAUCGUGAUUCCGAUAAUAGCUGCGGUUAUUGCGGCGAUCACCGUUAUCGUCUUCGAUCCCAUUCGUACCUUUUUCAUUAAGAUACAGAUCGCGCCACCAAUUGAUGUUCAAGACAAUAGGUUAUGGCAGUGGAUCCAACGACAAGCGAGCAAAGCAAACGACAUUCUGUCAUUGCGUCAACGCCAACGCUCGGAUUCUAGAGGCCUGAAGGCGAUAUGGGAAGACCGUAAAGAAGACAUCCAGCGGCUCCAGACUUGGCUGCUGGAAGCCACGAAUACCUUUACCGUUGUUCAUGGACCUAGGGGAUCAGGAAAAAAGGAGCUUGUGCUUGACGAAGUAUUAAAGGGCUAUCGACACAAACUUGUAAUUGACUGCAAGCCUAUUCAAGAGGCAAGAGGCGAUAGCGCUACAAUCAACGCUGCUGCGGCGGAAGUCGGCUAUCGGCCUGUAUUCUCGUGGAUGAACAGCAUCAGCAGCCUCAUUGAUGUUGCGACGCAGACGCUGGGCGCAAACGCAGGUCUCUCAGAGACAUUGGACUCCCAAUUGGGACACAUUCUCCAAAAUACUGCAAAUGCAUUGAAAAAAGUAGCUCUCGAGAAAAAGAGGUGGGAUGGUAAAGACUCUCACAUGACGGACGAGGAGUUCCUAGAAGCUCAUCCCGAGUGUAGGCCUGUCGUCGUCAUCGACAACUUUUUAUACAAGGCCAACAACAACCCGAUGAUAUAUGAGAAACUCUCUGACUGGGCAGCUGCGCUAACAGUCUCCAAUAUCGCUCGAGUCAUCUUCCUAACUGGGGAUAUCUCCUACUCGAAAACACUCAGUCGGGCUCUGCCUAAUCAAAUAUUCCACGAAAUCCAACUCGGAGACUGCACUCCAGAUGUUGCGAAGCAGUUUGUCCUUGAUCACCUUCACACAGAUCAGAGUAACAGCAGUAGUUACACCCAGGCAGGACCGGAUACUAUAGAAGGUGGCGAUAUCAAGGAUCUUGAGGAUUGUAUUGAAGUCCUUGGGGGUCGAUUAUCAGAUCUAGAAUUUUUUGCAAGAAUGAUUAGCAGAGGGCAGAGUCCUAGCGAUGCUGUCCAUGACAUUAUUGUGCAAUCCGCUGCAGAAAUACUCAAGAUGUAUAUUGCCGACGUUGACAACACCGUUCGAAAUUGGACGCCAGAACAAGCAUGGUACCUGGUCAGCAGCCUUGCAGAAGCCCAAGGGGGAAGCAUCCUGUACAGCGAAGCCUUAUUCUCCGAUUUGUUUAAGAAGGAUGGUGAAAGUACGAUUCGCGCCCUUGAACAAGCGGAGUUGAUCUCUGUAACCACGCUCAAUGACCGCCCGUCGACAAUCAAGCCGGGCAGGCCUGUAUUUGCAGCUGCCUUUAGGCGACUGCUUGAGGAUGAUGUCCUUCGGUGUCGACUUGGACUGCGGACGCUCGGACAGCAGAUAGCGAUGGAAAACGCAAACAUCAACAAGUACGAAGGAGAGUUACAGGUAUUGGGGUCUCUCGAAAAAGAACCAAAGGAAAUUCGGCCCCGAGUUCGAUGGCUCCUCGAAAAGCUCGCAGGCAGCCAAGCAAAGAUUGAAAAGUACGAGAAGGAAAGUGUAGGACUAAGGAGGAUCCUUCAGUCGAAGAUGUGAUGGGCCCAACUACCUGUGAA